AAUAGAUGGCAGCACAGUUUAGUUUUUUAGUAUCAUGCGACAUUUCAGUUUUAGACGUAAUAACCAAACUUUGUUCUUGCAUAUUUAAAAUACUAAUUACAGUACAUUAAAUUCUUUACAUUAAUUGGAUUACUCGUUAAGUUUGAUUAUAUCAUAAGUUUGUACUUUUAGAAUGUCUGGUCGUGAAGGAGGUAAGAAAAAGCCUCUUAAGGCACCAAAAAAGGAACAAAAAGUUUUGGAUGAAGAAGAUCUAGCAUUCAAACAAAAGCAAAAGGAGCAACAGAAAGCACUUGCUGAAGCUGCUAAGAAAGCAAGUCAAAGAGGACCUCUUGUAACAGGCGGUAUAAAGAAAUCUGGCAAAAAAUGAUUUAUUUAAGACUGAUGAAAGAUGCAAUCAAUAUGCACACAUGUUCUUAUCAAGACAUAAUUUUGAUAUUAUUAACUAGUAUACCAUCCAAUUUUGGAUUUCCUACACACUGAUAAAUAAUUAAUAUCUGUAAAUAAAACAUUUAUGAACUGAAUCACAGCAAUAUAUGCAUUUCAUAGGUA